AUGGCCAGCUAUCGACCUCCUACCCCAAGCCCCAGGACUGUGGAGAUGGAUCACCCGGAAAUCCUUCGCACGAUUGCGACUCUCAAUGCGCGUAGUGUUCGCGCGGAAAAGAUCAUCGCGAAGUAUGAGCGUGAGCUGGCCAUAGAGCGACAGUCACACCGUGAGACCAACAAAGAACUUUAUGAGACUUCAAAGGUCGCCGAGCUUCUAUACAACGUCAAUCGUAAGCUUGGGUCUGCCACGGACUACAUCCUGAAACAACAAGGAAUGUCGCUGGAUGACUUGGAACCCAAAUCUGUCGAAGCGUUGAUCAACUCGCUGGUACAGCAAGGUGAAGACGUAGCGCGGCCAACUUCCGAGGCUAAUGGCGAACGUCUUGCUGGAAGUGCUGGUACCUGUCCAGGAGAAAUGAACAGUACAACCAUGUGA